ACGCCGAUGUGGACCAAUUGGAGGAGACAACGUAUCCGCCACCAGUCUUUGACUUUGGCAUGCCCAGGAACAUAACGGCGCGCACCGGACAUACAGCGGCCAUCAACUGCCGUGUCGAGAACUUGGGCGAUAAAUCGGUAUCCUGGAUACGUAAACGCGAUUUGCACAUUUUGACUGCAGGCAUCCUCACCUACACAUCUGAUGAGCGCUUCAAGGUUGUACGCACCGCCGACUCCAAGGACUGGACGUUGCAUGUGAAAUAUGCACAGCCGCGCGACAGCGGCAUAUACGAGUGCCAGGUGAACACGGAGCCAAAGAUUUCGAUGGCCUUUCGCUUGAAUGUCAUAGUAACGCCGCCAGAUGCCAAAGCGAUUAUUGCCGGACCAGCGGACUUGUACGUGAAGGUGGGCAGCGUCAUAACGCUCACCUGCCAUGUGAAACAGCCGGCGACAGCGGCGCAGGAUAUCGGACCAAUUUACUGGUACCGCGGCCCUUACAUACUCACACCUUUUGUGGCGCAUCCGAACGAUGCGGCCAUCGAUUUGCAGCGCAUCUCCAUGGAAUCAACGUUGGCUGAGAAACUGCAAAGCAGGCUGCGCAUCGCCAACGCCCAACUCCUGGAUACGGGCAAUUAUACAUGCAUGCCAACCACAGCAGAGGCGGCCAGUGUGGUGGUCAAUGUUAUCAAUGAUGAAAGCCCAGCGGCCAUGCAAAAGAGCGGAGUAACUUCUUGUGCCCUCAGCAGCCACAGUUGGCUCAUCAUUUUGGCAUUGAGCGCAACCAUAAGGAGUGCCCUCAGUAUUAAUACAGUGGCGAUUCCCAAGAACUCCAACAAAGCAACGAGCGCAAAGUUUUAA